ACAACCAUCUCGUUUAACCGGAUUAUUUUCCACACACAGACUGAUUCAGAUCUGAAAUGGGGUCGCGGAAGGUAAUUGCCGCACUUUCACCGCUGCUUCUUUUGAUGAUCUUCGGCGUCUGCGAAGGAAAAUAUGAACCCAACUGGGAAUCAAUCGACUCCAGACCGCUGCCCGAGUGGUACGAUCAGGCCAAGUUUGGCAUCUUCAUACACUGGGGAGUGUUUUCCGUCCCGAGCUUUGGCAGCGAGUGGUUCUGGUUUAACUGGCAGCAGCGCAAACUGAAGCCUUAUGUUGACUUCAUGCAGAAGAAUUAUCCUCCGGGUUUCCAUUAUGAAGACUUUGCACCGCAGUUCACCGCUGAGUUCUUCGAUGCCAAGGAGUGGACUGAAAUCUUUGCCUCAUCAGGAGCAAAAUACAUCGUCCUGACCACGAAACACCAUGAAGGCUUCACUCUCUGGGGCUCGAAAAACUCCUGGAACUGGAAUGCAGUGGACAUUGGACCCAAGCGAGACUUGGUGGACGAAAUGGCGAGCGCCCUGCGGGCGAACAGCGACCUUCGCCUGGGCCUGUACCACUCUCUCUUUGAGUGGUUUAACCCACUCUUUCAAACUGAUGCUGCAAACGCUUUCAAGACAAAUUACUUCCCCACCGCCAAGACCCUGCCCGAGCUUUACGAGCUCGUCGUUAAGUACAAGCCGGAGGUGCUGUGGUCCGACGGGCCUGGGGGCGCACCGGACACCUACUGGAACAGCACAGCCUUCUUGGCCUGGCUCUAUAAUGACAGUCCGGUUCAAGACACGGUGGUGACGAACGACCGCUGGGGUUUGAACACUAUCUGCAAACAUGGCGGUUAUUACACCUGCACCGACCGCUACCAGCCGGGACACCUGCUCAAACACAAGUGGGAAAACUGCAUGACCAUCGACAAAAAGUCCUGGGGCUACCGACGCAACGCGCCUCUCAGCAACUACCUGACCAUCAACACGCUCGUGGCGACUCUGGUGGAGACGGUGUCCUGUGGAGGGAACCUGCUGAUGAACAUCGGCCCGACACAUGACGGGCGGAUCGUGCCGAUCUUCGAGGAGCGUCUGAGGCAGAUGGGUCAGUGGCUGCGGGUCAACGGGGACGCCAUCUACAACACGACGGCGUGGCGAGCCCAGAAAGAAAGCACGACGCCUCGAGUGUGGUACACGUUCAAGCCUCAGGAAAAGUCCGUCUUUGCCAUUUUACUUGAGUGGCCGAGUAAUGGGACAGUAACACUCCAUGAACCGAUGACAGAAGGACUGACUCAGGUGGAGCUUCUUGGUCACGGGCCUCUGCAGUGGGAUCCCGUGGAGCCCGUGGGGCUGCGGGUCUUCCUGCCCCUGCUGUCCGUUGGCCAGAUGCCGUGCCAGUGGGCCUGGACGCUGAGGCUGACAGGUGCCACUUGAAGGAAAGCCGCCGCCUUUGAAGAGCAGACGACAGGGCGGCCAUCAGAGCCGCCAACGGAUGUUUGAAUCAUGAACAACACAGCUCGAGUCUGUACGAAAAGUCCAAGGACACAGUCGAUAACUUGCAGUAUGAUUGCACAAAGUAAUCUUUACAAAUAUAUGUGCAGCGAUGCAGCUUUAUUGGUGAAGGAUUUAUGUUGGAGCUCAGGUGAGAGGAGACGCUGUGGAGACCUUGCUGUAGGGGAUGUGACAUUUGAGACCUCUGUGGUCGAUUUAUUCAGAAUGAAAUUGCAGAUUUUUGCACUUCUAUACUUUCAAGGAUGUUUGAUUUGCCUCAGUGUUCAAAUAAGAGUUUAUAUUUUGCCUGUGAUUGUGAGGAAAACCAGAUUAAAUCUUGACUUUGAGACCAGUCUUCGAUGGAGGUUUCAGUGAUUUGCUGAAAGGAUUUUGUUAAAUGUUUGUGCAUCUUUGUACGCUUUGGCAGCUUUUCAGGAGCUGUGAAGGGAAGAAAAGAAGUUUUCUGAGCACAUUGGCCUCAUCAGGUGUCGGUGAAAUGGUUAGCAGAGUAAAGUGAUGCAAAGAGGAAAUAAAUGCUGCAGAGGUUUGUCAGGCAUGCUGAUUGGUGGGACGAUCUGGGUAUUUGUUUGAAUUUUAAUCCUUUUAAAGUCACCUGACAACUGAACUGUCACCUCUUUGUGGUCGGGUUUUAGUUCAUAUUGUGUCUCUUGCUUUUGCUCUCCUGCUCAGGAUGAAUUGCAUUUUUUCUGGCCUUUUUUACGGGAAUAAAAUGUUGAAAAAUAAAUGGAGAAAUGGC